UUUAGUUUUUAAUUUUUAUUUUUAAAUCCCACUAUUCUUUUAAUCUUUUAUUAUUUAUUUAUUUAUUUAUUUUGUCCUAAUCUCUCAUUGAUUUGGGUAUUUAAAGGGUAGCCUUGGAAUAUUUUCCAACGAGAAUAGACUGCCCAAAGAAAACUGAGUGAACCAGGACUUAAAAAAUUUCAACACCAAAAUCAUCCAAUUCUCUCACAAAAAAACCAUCCAAUCUCUCAAUCUCCAAUACCCCAAAUGGAGUAUUCCUUCUUUCAAUCCCAAAAUUCUGAAUUCUCUCCUGAAUCUUCAAUGGGUUCGCCUGAUUCUUUCUCUUGGGACCGGCUCGGGCUCGAUUGGAGCGAAGAACCGCUUCCAUUCAACGAAAACGACUCACAAGAGAUGGUUCUCUUGGACGUGCUCACAGAAGCUGCUCGUGAAUCAUCGGAAAUUCUCUUCUCGGCUCGAAUUAAAGAAGAAGAGGUGAAUUCAAAGGAGAAAGAAGAUGCGAAGGCCAAAGAGAAGUGCUAUCGUGGGGUCCGCAGGCGUCCGUGGGGAAAAUUCGCAGCUGAGAUAAGAGACUCAACGAGGCAUGGUAUACGAGUUUGGCUUGGGACGUUUGAUAGUGCAGAGGCAGCUGCGUUGGCUUACGAUCAAGCAGCUUUCUCGAUGAGGGGUUCUAUGGCAGUACUCAAUUUUCCUGUGGAACGGGUUCGAGAGUCGUUGCGUGAUUUAACAUAUGGUGAAGAUGGGUGUUCUCCUGUGGUGGCUCUUAAGAAGAGGCACUCCAUGAGGAGGAAAUCUAUGGGUGGUAGGAAAGGGAAAGGGAGAGACAAAAGGGUAGAGAAUGUAGUAGAGUUGGAGGAUUUAGGUGUAGAUUAUUUGGAGGAGCUUUUAAGUUCAUCUGAUGUAGCUCGUCCUCUAUGAAUUCCUUAUUACAUAGACCAUGCUUUACCAUUCCCACC